AUGGAAUUGCGUAAUAUGUUGCACACUCAUCGCCAUAUUCAGAACCAAACGCAAAUUCUUCGAAAUAACCACCAUCCAUCGUCUGGCUCGCUGUGGCGGUAUCUGACGUAUCUCCGGUCUGAUUUACGAGGUGUGUUGAAGGUGUUUCUGAAAAAUCAGAUCCGUGAUCCUGUCACCUACACUAAACACGCCAAGUGCGACCAGUCAACCUCCAUCACCGCCGCCAUUGUCUUGGCUAUUACUAGUGCCCAGCCCUGUCCAGUGGCGUCUCCACCGGCCAGCCACCAUAAUAGCACGCCUUUAUCGGAGCCACCGUCUUUGUGUGGGUUGCUACCGAGCUACGGACGAGAAAUACCACUGGUCACUGCGUCACCGAGUACCCCGCGAAGUCCUACUAGCUUCGUCGGCACCAAGAGAUCACCCUGGUCGUGGCCAUUGGCUCGGCCCAUGCAGUGGCUGCCAUCACGUUCAUCUCCACUUCCGAAGCCACUACCAGCAGGGACGGCGUCCUCUGGACCACCGUCAACCCCAAAGUCUCACCUGCACCGUUGCCAUCGGUGCCCACCGCCCGCACUGUACCGACGUCCUCUGAACCAGCGCCACCUCUGA